AAGUUGCAGUCUCUCUCACUUCCUUCUUCUUUCCCCAUUCACAAAAUCGUGAAAAGAAGAACGAAAAAAAAAAAACUUCGCCUACUCGCCGCAACGUCGCCGCAACCAACUUACUUUUGCUCACCGUCUCGCCGGAGUUUCGACAAUCUCAGAGAGAAGAAGAAGAAGAAGAAGGAAAGAGAAUGAAUCAGAACGCUAAUGUACCGGUAGAAGUGAUUGGUGAUGAGGAGGUGGCCAUGCUGCACGAAGGAAUCGGUUUGAUACUUUCGCGGUGGACUGCUAUGAGAGCCGCCGUCGAAAACGGUUGGGGCGGCAAAAAUUCUCAAGCGAAAGCUGAGAACACCAUCUCCCAAAUUUUCGAUCAUUUCACCUUAUCAAAAGAUCCAAUGGACUAUGAUCGGUUAGUUGAUAUUCUAGAGAAUGGUCUUAAUGAGCUUAAUACAGAGGCUGAUGAUGGAAGCCCCGAAGAGGUGACAGAGUCACUACUGGAUUUGUACCAAGAAUGCUGUGUUGGUAACUUCCAAAUGGUUGAGAAACUAAGGGCUACUAAAGUUAAGGCGAAAGCAAGUGUUGUCAAGGUUGCAAAUGGUAAUGAUGAGGAUGAUGAGGAAAGCGAUCACGACGAUGAUGAUGAGGAUACUAGCAUGAAUGAUGAUCAAACCACAGACAUGAUGGUGGAUGCAUCUGAGAACAGCUCAAGCCGUAAACCAGAAGCCAUGCCCGUUGAUGAAGCAGCAGCUGAUGAUGGCUGGACGGUAGUUCCAUCUAGAAAAAACAAGGGAAAGAAAAAUUAACCGGUCUAGGUUCCCAAGGUGUUAUGUAAUUUUAACAAAAGUUAUUUGGAAAAAUAGACACUUUUCAAAACAUAAUUGUAAAAUUAGUACAAUCACUAUUUACAAUUAGCAAAUUCUACAUUUUUUACUGUUUUCUACUGCUCACAUGACCUUUCCCUCA